AUGGUUGGGAAACGAUCCCGUCCAAAGAGCCCUUCGGGCCCCUCGACCAACUCCCUUGACGCACUCGCGCAGUCCGCACCAUCUACAGCAAAAAGUCCUUUUUCAUUCAAAAUCCCAAACGUCAAAUCGCCAGUGCAUCAGAAAAAGGUGUUAACUAAGGGGAUGGGCAUGAGGAGCGAGGGCAGAGUUGUUAAAAUGAAACCCAAAGAACCAGAUGAUGCCGAAAGACUCUUAGAAUCUGCCAUGAAGGAGAAAGUACUGAAACAUGCCGAAAUUGACCUAGGAGUCCCGGAAUGUGUCGACACCAAGCAGGAGGUCCCGGGUCAGCUUGAAGUUAAGAAAAAGAUCCCAGAUCACCUUGAAAUCAAGCAAGGAGUGCCAGAACAUCUUGAUGAUAAACAUGAAGAGUUAGAAAGUUUUGACACCAAAUUAGAAACUCCAGCGGAAUGCCAGGAAAAGAAGCUACCUACUCUUAUAUACGACUUGAUCAACGAGUUCUUAUCAAAAAAGAAUUACAAUAUCACCAUGAUGGUAGAAGACAAACCUUGUGUCGUCAUCCGCGCUUUGAAAUAUGUUAUUGAAUCGUUGUCCGAAAUGCCUGGAUCAAGCGCAGGGGGUUCUUUAACGCUUACCUCGGCGAAAAAUACAGCCGAUGAGAUAUGCAGCCGUGUAUCUAUACCUACUAACGAGAGGAUGAUUUACUGCUGUAUAUACUGUGAUUCGCACGACGAUGGACUUGGCUUUGAGGAAUUAUUUGACCACAUAGAGGCCCAGCAUCACCAUGAACGACAAUGGCAUGGAAGUUGGCGUUCAGCACCAUGGCCUAGAAUCUUACCAAUUCGGUACGCAGCGACGGUCCCGCACCAAGAUGAGGGAUUUAAAAUUGUUACAGACAAUAUGAGAGAGAUUCUUUGGAAGAUGAACGAGUUCCGAAUGAUGCACAAUUACCAGCGCCUAGCAUUAUGGUUCCGCCUUAGCCUCGACUGGUAUAUCAAAUUUGACGGAUUCAAGGAGCCACACUGUGAAUCAUUCUUCCGAUGCGCUCUAUUCAUACAAGAAGAUACCGAGCACUCCAUAUUUAAAGCAAUUCAGUGCAAUCUCUGCGGCAGUAGUAGCAGCAACUACGGUACUGAGCGGUGGGACAUCUAUGAUUUGAAACGUCACUUUAAAUACGCUCAUGCUCGAGACGAAGAGUUCGGAAUAUGGAUGUACAAAAUGAUUGGGCUUCCUCCAGACUGGAAUCUUUCUAGCUUUGGAGAGGAAAUUACAGACGAAGACACUAGGAAACAAUGGCUUGAGUUGUGGAAACUAUCGGGUGAGGGGCUGGAAAUUCUAGAAGGUCUGAGGAAAGCCAGGGAGGUGAAGCUAGCUGGUGAACAUGCUGUUUCUGCUAUGCCAUUUGCUGGUUACGAUGAGAAACAUAUAGUAUGGCACCCGGAUGAUAUGCUGACAUAG